AUGCGUGUAUAUAUUAAGCAUUAUUUUGUAUCUAUUGUUGUAUGGACCAUAUUUUUAAUAUCGAACACAGUAUGUAUAAGAGUCACCGAAAGUGAAGAAGAAGAUUAUUCUACAAAUGGCAAAGUAAACACGACAACAUUGUAUCCUGUUGACAAAAUAACAACUAAACCAUCCGCGGAAACGACAGAAGAAAACAAUUUAACUGGAAAACAGUCUAAUACAGACAACAUAACUUGGAAAAUUAAUACAACUUUUGCAUUUCCAAAAGAAAGCAGUGAGAAUGAAGAAUACAUCAACGAGCAAAUACUAAAUACAAUAAAUAAAGAAACCGAAGAUUGCAGAAAUAGAGGAGAGAAAGAUAAAAAAGAAUUUAAGCACAAUCACUCUACAUUUCUUAAAGAUAAAAACGAAGCCGAUUUGAAUAAAGUUAAAGCUGUUCUUCAUGAAGCGAACGAGAAUGCCAAAAAUGUCAAAGAAAAUGAACCUGAGAAGAGUAUGAGUAAAGAAUUUAAGCCCAGUCCUCAUUUAAGCAGUUACUAUGAUACAAUAGAAGAUACAUCUUUAUAUUCUUUCACUCCACCAAUUAGGAAGCCCGUUUCAUCUUUUAUCGGAUCCCCAGGCGAUUAUUCCAAGCCAAAUUAUUACAAAUUUCCGGAAGAAUAUCAAGCUUUUCCCUAUAAAUAUGGAGACAGUGACCACAAACAGCGUAAUAGUAACGAAUGGAGUACCCGCGGGUUACAAUCUAAGCCCACCGUGGAGGCGCCAGUCAAAAUACCUGCUGGCAGUCUGUAUGAGCGACCGGAUGUUUUAAAAGAAAAACCGAAAUCGUAUGAGGACAAUGAUGACUUAAGCCUGGAAUCCCAUGAUAAUACAAAAGAAUUCCCUUUGAAAAAAAGGUCGAACCCCUGGAAGAGCCUGCUUCAUCUGUUGACGGCACUACUGCCGGUGGGGCUCAUUGUGUCUGCACUCGCACCCAGUGUCAUCACCGUAGAGAAUAUUGGACCAGACUCACAGCACUUUAAACGUCUGUCGCGCCAUUUGGGCGACUCUGCCGUGAUCCCGUCAGUGAGCGAGGCGUGUAAACGGAGACUGCUCUGCGAGAUACACUCGGAGAGGAAUUAUCAAGUUGAUAUACAGGGUGAUAUAGAGGAUGAUAUACAGGAUAUAUAUAACAGGCUCGUGGCCGGUAUUUCUAAAGACUAA